UUUUUUUCGGGGGGCAAAAGAAUCAUUGUUAUCGUGCAUCUCUAGGGUGGCUGAUUGAUUGCUCUGGGUGUGAUUACUUCAGCCUGGCUAGCUUCUACACCAUUGCAUAUUAUUUGUGCUCAGCCUGGGCUUUAUAACAUAUUUUGCACUUUAAAAAAAGUACAUUUCACCUUCUUAGAAAUGGCUGAUGAGGAAUUGGAGGCUAUCAGGCGGCAGCGUAUGGCAGAACUGCAGGCAAAACAUGGGGGUGUAGUGUGGAACCCGAUGGAGACGGACUCCUCCGAUGAACAAGGGCAACAGGAAGCCAAGCAGAGAGAAACAGAAAUGAGGAACACAAUACUGGCCCAGGUUUUGGCUCAGUCGGCCCGCGCCAGAUUGAGUAACCUGGCACUGGUGAAGCCUGACAAAGCAAAAGCUGUGGAAAAUUAUCUGAUACAAAUGGCUCGAAUGGGCCAGCUCGGGGGAAAGAUCUCAGAGUCUGGUUUAAUAGAGAUCCUUGAAAAAGUCAGUCAACAAACAGAGAAGAAAACAACUGUCAAGUUUAACAGGCAGCGAGUGAUGGACUCGGAUGAAGACGAUGAUUAUUAAAAACGAGUAUUUGCUCCAGUCAGUGUGCUGGUGAGAGAUUACUGUGCUACUCUGGAUCUCGAGAAGCACCAGUGUCUGACCAAAGGCCUGAUCUGUGGAGAGCAUCCUGUGGGGGGGAAAAAGACUCCUGUUCCUUUGGCCACACAGGAACUUCUGAUCCAUGUUGUUUCUAUUAUAUCACACUAUCAUCAUCUAUUAUAUUUUCACUUCUAGAAUUUUUUUCCACAAAACAACAAUGUACAGUACAAAUUUUAUAUUCUAUCUGCUUUGGGAAUACUGUGUUUCCACCCCAAUCCAAAUUAGUAUCAAAAUGGAACAGGCCUUCUUGUCAUCUCUCAAUUUUUGAAUCCCCUGUGCAACGGUUUACAUAAUUAAAAAAAAGCCUUAUAUACAACUGUUACCUAAUAUUCUUAAUAUUAUCUUUUGCAUUGUGCAUGUGCAGUGUUCAGAUUGUUGUAUUCACACAUCUCGUACACAAUUAGUAAAGGAGAGGGAGAGAGAGCAUUGAAAAAAAAAAAAAAUCUACUCGCUAGAGGUAAAAUCAAGUGAGCAAGCAAUUAUGUUUUGUUUUUUUUUUAAAUAAAUUGUCGGUACUUUUAUAAGACUGAACAAAUUAUUCUUACUCACUGGAUCAGGUAGCUGAUUCGAGGUUAAAAUAUAUUUUUUGUGCAAUUUU